AUGUAUAUGAGAAAGAAGAACAUUGUUUUAGGGACCACCAUCACUUCCACUCUUUACGAGAAAUAUAUGACAGUUGCUGAUAACAAUGUUUAUGGCUUCGAGCCAUUUGAUUUCAAUCUCUCCUAUUACUGCACUCAAGAGUUUGCCAACUGGUGGAGGCUGGAAAGUGGAUUCACUCAGCCUCAAAUCAAUAAAAUCGAACAACAAGUCAAGCCUGCAGUCACAAAGAAACAAUUACCAGAGGCUGUAGAGAAAGUUGAAGAGCCUUCUAAGGAACGCAAAAGAUCAACCACCACCACUGAAACUGGCCCAUCAAAGAAGCCAAAACCUAGUGUCGUAAUUGAAAGUGAAGAAGAAGAGGAAGAAGCAGAAGUAGCCAAUCUUGGUGUUCCAUCUGUUUCGAAUGAAUUGAAAGAACCUACCCCUCAAGCAGAGACUCAAAAAGAUACCAUUUUAUCUGAUGCCUCUCCUGAUCCACCAAUUAAUAUGCCCCAGCAAGAUGCUCCUCAAGAGGAAAAUAUAUCGAACAAGACAAGUGGUGACACUUUUAAGGAUAGUGAAGCCACUAUUUCUGAGAAGAUUGUACAAGAACCAAGCCAAGACCAACCAAAGCACCCUGAUUCAAACGAGACCCAAGACAAAACUUCUCCCUUCCAGGAAUGGGGCAAAUCUGCAACAGUCGAAGUCGAAGCUUCCCAUACCUCCUCAGAAGAAGAAGACUUUGAUUCUGAAGCUAUGAAGGAAGCUGAAGCUGGAGGAUCGGAGUUAUUGCCUGAAACUUCGACAUCGAAGUUAUCAGCCAGUAUUGGGCUUCCUGAAGAAGAUUCAGAAAUUAAUUCCUCUGUUCGACAAGAUUCUCUCAUAUCGAAGCUGUAUUCAGAUUUUAUCAAUGGAGACAUCUUGGCAUCAAUGGAAGAACACCCUUCCAAUGCUUUUAAACAUAAAUCUUUCUUGAACAGGUUGCAUAACCCACACACUGAUGUUGAAACCUUGGGGAAGGUUAUCAAGCUCGAAUCUAUCUUGGACCAGUUUGCCAUCACUGUGCAAAACCUAAGGCAUAAUUCUCAAAAACUUGCUGGUCAGCAAGCUGCUUAUGACGCUCUAUUCGAGAAGGCUAUGGCUGCCCAGUCGAAGGUUGAACAAAUGAAGGCGCAGGCUCAACAACCAGGUCUUGGGAUUCAAGAAUGCAACAGCAACAUUGCAAAGUGGGAAGCAGAAAUACAAUCUUUUCGAGCUGAAAUUGCUGAUCGAGAACAGAAGAUCCUUGAGGAAAAGAACAAACGCUCGAAGAUUGAAGAAGCUGUUGCUGCUACCACUCAGGAGUCCAUUCGAGAUGCUGCAAAAGAGGGUAUUUCCCAUUUUAGUGCUGCUGAUGUGAUCAAAGAGGAGAUCAAAUCUCUCGAAGACGCUAUCAAGAUCCAAAGCGUAGAGGUUGGUCUCAUCAAAGACCAUUAUGCAGAUUUCAAAUCCAAGUGCUUGCCUUAG